ACCCACUCUGCGGCUACAAGGGGGGAGUAGACAAGAGGUGCGACUGCGGAGUAGGACUGGCCGUGCACAGGAAGCGGCCAUGGCGCUGCAGGACAGCUCGAGCGGCCCGUGGACCGUGCUGGGGCAGGCCUCGAACGUGGCGCAGCUGGUCGGCGUGGACGCGCUCGGGCUGGUGUCCAUGGUCGUGCAGGCCGCGCUGGCGGCGCGGCGGCACCGCGACGCGUGCCGGCGGCUGUCGCAGCACGUGGAGAUCGUCGGCGGCCUGCUGCGGGAGCUCGAGCUCGCCGAGCUGAUGCGGCGGGAGGCCACGCGGCGGCCGCUCGAGCAGCUCCGAGGCGCGCUGCGGCGGUGCUACGCGCUCGUCACGGCGUGCCAGGAUUGCAGAGGUGGGUACCUCGGCCGCCUGUUCUGGGGAACCCGGAUGGCCGAGGAGCUCCGCGCCGCGGAGCAGGAGAUCGACAUGUUCAUCCGCCUCGUCCCGCUCAUCGCUUUGGUGGACACUACGCAUGAUCGCCGGGUCAAGGCUACAGAGCGCUUGCAGAGUGUGGCUGCAAGCUGUUCAAGCCUUCGCACAAGGACCCAGACAAGAUUUGUGGAGUUUACUGAAAUAAGUGUUCAAGGAGCCAUUGCUAAAGUUGGGGAACAACUCUUAGAAGAAAAGGUGCAUUUUGAAGAACAGAAUAUCAAGGAUGUGGAAGAGUUGGUGAAGCUUUUUACCUGUACUCAAGAGAGUUACCCAGGAUUUAAAAAGUAUGAUUUGUUUCAGAUAGUAGAUGGCACAGAAAAUUUUUCAGAGAAAAGAGUCAUUGGAAGUGGUGGAUUUGGUACAGUUUACAAGGGGAAGCUGAGCGAUGGAACCAUAGUUGCCGUCAAAAGAUUCAAUGACCAUGCAACAGAUUUCAACAGUGAACUGCAGGUUUUACGUCUUCAACAUUGCAACAUAAUUAAGCUGUUGGGAUGGUGUGUACAUGGAAAAGAAAGGAUUCUAGUAUUUGAGUUCAUUCACAAUGGCAGCUUGGACUCCAGCAUCUUUGAUAAAACAAAAGGGCCAUUGCUAAGUUGGUAUAAGCGACUUGGCGUAAUUAAAGGCUUAGCUGAUGGGCUUGUUUACAUGCACAAGCACUCACUUUUAUGGAUGAUGCAUGGGGACAUGAAACCGGAAAACGUUCUCUUAGAUCAUGACAUGAACCCAAAGAUCGCUGAUUUUGGAUCAGCUAGAACAUUGAGUUCAGAGGCAGGGCAAGGGCAAACAAGUAGAGUUGUGGGAACCAGUGGUUAUAUAGCUCCCGAGUAUGCAUCUAGAGGCCUUUAUUCACUCAAGACAGACGUAUUUAGCUUUGGGGUGUUGGCUCUUGUGAUCAUCAGUGGACGAAAGAAUGUCAUUCUACAGCAGCAAGGUGAUACUGUUGGCAACCUCGUACGAGAUGCAUGGCAUAUGUGGAAUGAUGGAAGGCUGCAUCAGCUUCUUGAUCCGAUUUUAAGUGAUAGUAGACACGAACUUGCUGAGAUAGUGCGAUGUGCUCAGGUGGCGCUGCUAUGUGCUCAAGAAGACCCAGCAGAUCGACCCACCAUGUCAGAUGUUGUUGCACUACUGAACUUGGAAAGUGUAAGCUUAUUGCCGAGUCCAAAGCAGCCGUCUGAUCUGAGUAACGGAGGUGCUAUUGGCGACAAGUUGUCAGCUCACUUCGGCCAAUCAAGUAGGACAGUAGACAUAACCAUCACGAGUUCAGCUCCAGUGUCAACUAGAGUGCGCAUCAUUUUAGCGCCACAAACUUAAUGUGAAAAACAACUUUAUCUGGUCGCAGAAAGUUUUACAUGACUAUGAAAUCAUGAACUUUA